AUUUCCAAAACCCAGAAAUCCAAAACACACAUUGACAGACGCAACCAGAUUAAAUCACCAUAUUCAUACACCCCAAACUGACACCCACACUCACAUACCAACACCAACGCAAAGCCAAACCCAAUUUCACAACCCCAAUACCUAACGGUCCUCCUCCCCUUUCAACCCAAACCCCCAGCUCUCUCUCUCUCUCUCUCUCUCUCAUUCCCAAUCCCCAACCUCCUCGAUCCUCGUAAUGCCCCGGGUCCGAUUCGUUCUGGGCAUCCGACCCGAUCGGAGGCGUGACCGGAGACACAGAAUUGCUUGAUUGAUUUGUUUUGGGUUGUUGCUCGAUUAGAGAUGAGUGCGCAGAGGCAGCUGGUGAAUGUCCGGGACCUUGUUGAGGAAGCCAAGAGGCGAAUUGUCUUCCUCGCUGUUUGCGUUGUUGGCUUGUCGUAUCUCAUGUCUUUGACGAGCUCCAAUGUUUUGGUCAACUUGCCUGCUGCUGCUUCCUUGAUAAUAAUCCUUCGUUACUUAUCUCUGGAUUAUGACAUGCGAAGAAAAACUGCACCGUACAAUAAUAGAUCACCCCCUGCAAAUAAUGCUCUCCAAAGCAAACCAGUUCCAAUGCCCAACACCGUUGGAAGGUCUGAGUGGAGAAGAAAAGUUAAUUCUCCUGUUGUUGAGGACGCUAUAGAAACCUUUACCAGGCAUCUAGUUUCUGAAUUUGUGACAGAUCUUUGGUAUUCUCGUCUAACACCAGAUAAACAAGGUCCAGAGGAACUUGUGUGCAUUGUUAACAGUGUUCUUGGGGAGCUUUCAGCACGCGUGAGGAAUAUAAAUCUAAUUGAUCUUCUCACAAGGGAUCUUAUCCAUCUCAUAUGCUCUCACUUGGAGCUUUUUCGCAUUACACAAGCAAAGAUUCCCAAGCAAAAAUUAGAAUUGCUGACUAUUGAGGAACGAGAUAUGGAAUUAAGACUUGUCCUUGAUGCUGAAAAUAAAUUGCACCCUGCUUUAUUUUCUGCUGAAGCUGAGCACAAGGUUUUGCAGCAUCUGAUGGAUGGCCUUAUUUCUUUCACAUUCAAGCGUGAAGAUUUGCAGUGCACUUUGUUCCGUUAUAUUGUUAGAGAGCUUCUUGCUUGUGCAGUAAUGCGGCCUGUCAUCAACUUGGCUAGUCCAAGGUUUAUCAAUGAAAGAAUUGAACAGUUGGUCAUAAAGAUGAACGAAUCUAGAGGUGUUACCAUGGUACAGGAGGAGUCUCAAUCCAAACAGGAGGAGUCAUCGAGGAUUUCACCUGAUCACUUGUCUAGGUACUUAGACCCUUCUGUUACGGGUAUUGAACUUGUGCAAUUGAAAAAUGGACAGUCCAGAACUUCUGCAGAUAGACCUGUAGCAGAAAAGGUGAAUGGAUCAAAAGACCCAUUGCUUUCGAUUGAUACUACAUCUUCUCGUCCAUGGAAUUCAUUGCGUAUGAAUACCCAAAGCAUCGAUGAAAAAGAUAUAGAACGGCAUAACUCAGGAGGAGAAUGGGGAGAUAUGUUAGAUCUGAUAUCCCGCAGAAAAACUCAAGCUCUUGCUCCUGAAAAUUUUGAAAAUAUGUGGGAAAAAGGGAGAAAUUACAAAAAGAAGGAAGGUGAAAAGGCGAUAACCGAGGAAGUCCCAAAUAGUUCUUCUGGAGGGAAGUCUUCUGCAGGGGACCAUACUAACGAAAAAUCUAAUUCUACCCAUAAGGAAAUUGUAUCCAAGCUCAAUCUUACCUCUCAGUCAGGAUCUACCAAUGAGGUUAAGGUUAACAACUCUCUCCGCCCAGAUGGUCAAAACAGAUCGAAUCACCCUCCAGUUGCUUCGUAUCAGGAAGAUGAUCAACAUAGUCCUACACGGUCGGUGGAGACUGACUCAGGAAGCAGUACUUCUUAUACUUAUGAGGAUGAAGAAAGUGACGGUGCAACUGGUCUUGAUUCUCCUGGAACUAAAGUUUGGGAUGGUCGAAGCAAUAGAGGCAUGACUGUACCUCACUUCCAUCACCCACUUGAGAAUUCUGGACGGCGUAGUGCAAAAAAGUCUGGUAAAGGGAAUCUGAAGUUUCAAAGGUCUAGGCAGAAAAGAUCUGCACCAAGCAAUAAGAAUAUGCAUCUUUGGCAAGAGGUUGAGAGAACAAGCUUCUUGUCUGGAGAUGGGCAGGACAUACUCAAAGCUCCUAAAGGGCAUACCCAUAUUGAGGACUCCAGUUAUGAUUCUGAAAAUGAAGAUGUUGGUAGAAUUAACAGUGGAUCAGCCACUUCUUCAUCUGCACCAUCUAUAUCUUUAAAUUCCCUGAAAACUUCGUUGGCAGUGGAUACUUUUUUCAAGUUGAAAUGUGAGGUAUUGGGAGCAAAUAUUGUAAAGAGUGGCUCAAAAACAUUUGCUGUAUAUUCCAUAUCUGUGACAGAUGCAAAUAAUAAUAGUUGGUCAAUCAAAAGAAGAUUUCGCCAUUUUGAGGAGCUGCAUCGGCGUUUAAAAGAAUUUCCUCAGUAUAACCUCCAUUUGCCACCAAAGCCUUUUUUGUCAAGUGGUUUGGAUUUACUUGUAGUUCAAGAAAGAUGUAAAUUACUUGACAAAUACAUAAAGGAGCUUAUGCAGCUUCCAUCAAUCUCAGGGUCCAUUGAAGUUUGGGACUUCUUAAGUGUCGACUCCCAGACUUAUUUGUUUACAAAUUCAUUUUCUAUAAUCGAAACACUGUCAGUUGGCCUAGAUGCUAAGCCAUCUGAAAAGAGUAAAAGGGUUUUGAAUUUCGGGACUGAUCCAUCUUCCUUUAAGAGUGAACAAAUUGGCAUUGGAAUGAAGGAUUCUACUUUACAAGUGAAGAAUAAUGCUGUUGGAGAUGGGCUAAGAUUAAAUGCAAAAGGUUCUUCUCCAGUCAAAAAUCCUGGUAAAGAUUUUGGAAAGCCAGUCAAUACUCCUACCACAUGUUCUAUCACUGGAGGACAAAAGCAGGCAUCUUCUCUCACGAACUCAGGAAAGACUUCAGAAGGAAGAGAGGAACAAGAAUCUGAAUUGGUCCUUGAUGCUGCUACAGACCCUACACUUCCUACCGAGUGGGUGCCUCCGAAUUUAAGUGUUCCAAUAUUAGAUUUGGUAGAUGUUCUUUUCCAACUCCAAGAUGGUGGAUGGAUCAGGCGUCAGGCUUUUUGGGUGGCCAAACAAAUACUACAACUAGGGAUGGGUGACGCUUUUGAUGAUUGGUUAAUUGAGAAAAUCCAGCUUUUGCGUAAGGGAUCUGUUGUUGCUUCUGGGAUUAGGCGGGUUGAGCAGAUACUCUGGCCUGAUGGAAUAUUUAUAAGCAAGCAUCCAAAGCGAAGACCACAGCCAUCUACAAAUUUACCACAAAAUUCACCUCAGGGCCAGAGACCUUCAGAAAUUUCAUCACCUAGACUUAAUGAGCAGCAGCAACAGGACGCUGAUCGACGUGCACAGUUUGUUUAUGAAUUAAUGAUUGAUAAUGCACCGUCUGCUAUUGUCAGUCUUGUUGGUACCAAGGAGUAUGACAAAUGUGCCAAGGAUCUCUAUUACUUUCUUCAGUCAUCUGCUUGCUUAAAGCAGCUAGCUUAUGACCUCAUUGAGCUACUGCUUUCAUCUGCAUUUCCAGAGCUGGAAUAUGUAUUUAAGGAGGUGCAUGAAGAAAAACACAAAUUUGGUGAGUUCAAAGCACAAUACUGAUUGGGGUUUAGUUCAGUUUUUGAGACAAAAUACAAGUCUGAAUCUGCUUUGUAUGACAACAUGAUUCUGUUGUCUGCAUAGUUCAUUUUGAAAUGGUUUCAUACGUUACAUCUGUAAUGGCCACUAAAGAAUCUAUCCUCUUUUUUUUUUUUCUUUCAUUUGAAUUUUGUAAGUGCACUUUAGUUAGCAUCUUGAGGAAAUUCAAUGUAAAUCUUCAGAUUGGUAAUUUUAAUACAAAUCUUCUCUUUUUGCC